AUGAUGGCAUUUACAAAAUUUUUUAUCUUAAAAAAGCGAAAAACAAAAAUUAACGGACAAAUUGUUUUAAUAAAACAAAAUAUAGAAACUCCAAAUGUUAUUUUGAUGAAACAAAAGUAUAAAGAAAUGCGUGACCACCAGGCGUGCGCUCGGUCAUUCAUCCUUGCCUUGAUCAAUCGCGAGGCAGAGAUCGAGCUAUGUACCGAGCAAAAGCGGGAAGGGGUCUCAUUACCAAUCUUCAAAGUCAAUGCGAUAAAAUUUGAGAACCAAGAGCCGAUCCAAGUCAAAAAGAUUUUGCGGGAGCGAGUGUAUCAGCAUUACAAGACUGACUUAGCAAAGAACAUCAAUGAGAAGACAGCUCGUUGUCGGAAGAAAAAAUCUGCUUUGGGUGAGUCGAUCAAUUUCAUUGUAGACAUUUUGUUUGUGAUGGGAUACUCUUUACGGUGUUCCAUAAAAGGUGGGAGGAAAGACACAGUAAUCGUGGACUAUGUCUUUGAGAUAAAAAAGGGAAAUGUGGUUUACACAAACGAACUGAUCCAACAUGUUGGACGAAAGCUUUGUGCUGCUUUUCUCUCCAAAAAGUCCGACGGACUUUCUAUUGUCCGUAUCCAACAAAAUGACACGGAAAUCCAGCAAACACUCCUUUGUUAA